ACCUCAUUUGCAUUGUAGAUAUUCACCAUACAUGAUUAUUGAUAACCAAUCAUAAAAAUUUAUCCUGAACAUCUUUCAUUGAUAUGAUUUAAUAAAUUGACGAAAAUAUUGUCAUUACCAUAAUCAUCAUCAUCAUCAUCAUUCAUCACAGAACUGAUUGAUGACAUUAUCACCAUGGAAUCACUAAGUUACUAGGAUACAUACAUUAUCAUAAGGGGAAAAAGAUUUGUUUUGGAUAAGAAUAUUAUUUCUGAGAGUUUGUGGAUAAUUAAUAUAUUAUAUCUUCAUUUUAUCAUUAUUGAUAAACAUGGAAUUCAUGAAUAACUCAUGUUUACUUUUGCUGAUCUUGUUCACUUUUCUGUUCUAUACUAAAAGUAAUUUUGUACUUCGUCCAACAAAUCAAAUUACUUAUGCUGGAUCUACAAUACAACAUGCAUGUAGUGUUAUGACUACACCAGUUUUUAUUGAAUGGUAUUUAAAUACUAAUAAAAUUGGAAGUUGCUUAUUUCAAACCAAUACAACUACAAAUACUUUUGGUGAUCCUAAAUUUCAAAUUAUUAUAGGACAGUAUACAGAGAAAUUAUUGCCAAUAUGUCAGCUUAUCGUCACGAAUAUUGAUUUUGUCGAUACUGGUGAAUACAAAUGUAAAACUAUUCACCAUGAUUCUGAAAGUGAUACAGCUUCAGCUUAUAUUCUUGUUUCAUAUCCUAUACGAAAACUUGAAUUACAUAUAGACAAUGAAACUUCUCUAUCAGUUGGUCAACGUACUUAUAUUGAAUGUCAAGCACGUGCUGGAAAACCUGCACCACAAAUUCGUUUGAAUUUAGGUGGACUGCCUAUAUCUGAAGCACGAGUUGUACAAAAAGUAGAUGUUGAAGGUUUAAUCACUUCAACUGCAACAGCCAACAUUAAAUUAACAAAUACACAUCAUUGGCAAUUGUUAACUUGUCAUGUUGAUAUGCAAGCAUAUCGAAAUGUCAAUCAAACGUUCAAAGUAAUUCACCUUAGCGAUUAUGUUGGAAUUUAAUUAAUUCAGUAGAAAGACUAUACGACAUAUACAGAGUUGAUGAGUAGUUGUGAAAAUACUAAAUGAAUCGAAGGUUACUAUUUCUCAAUGUUUGUCUUGACCAGUUAUCAAUAUUCGUGAUUGUAUUUAAAUCGAGAUUUAGCUUCCUUAGUAAAACAAAAUAUCUCCUUUGUAUAAAAGCCCCCUGGUUCGAGCUCUGUUCUAGGCUGGUUUCUAACAACAACAAUCAUCAAUUUAAUCUUGAUAAUUUAGUCAAUCU